AUGAGUUUACCCUAUAAACAAUCUCAGAGCACAACAACAAGCGGUUCAGCACUUGAAGCCGAUCUUAGCAAUCAUAAUCAUAACAAUGGCGAAGACAUUGGUGAGAGUGCUAGUGGGAAUAUGAAUCAGAAUGACUCUCCCCCCGUUUGGAGUGAUGUAGAAGGUUUUAAUUGGGAUAUAUUCAAUUUCGAUUUCUUGUUUGCUGAUAAUAGCUUGAUACCAAAUCCUAUGGGUUCUGAAGGUGACAAUAUGUUGUAA